AGCGGUGUAUAUACGUCCGUGCGUAUUGCAGCUCUCUCGCGGGCAGUAUACUCUGCAGUCGGCGUGGUGUAUCGCCGAGUCUAUAGCAUGAGUGUAUAGUUGAGUCAGUGGUGCGCGCCGCGCAACAUUCUGCGCCCGAACUCGCUUGCUGCUUCCGAGGCAUACGAAGCGCCGCGCACAGCGGAAUCGAAUAAAGUUCAGCGAUCUCUCGAAGGCGGAGCAGCCGUGAGAGACUCUGGAGUGAGUCGUUGUAGUCGUGAGUCUUUGCGCAGCGAGUUGAACCCGCAGUAGGCCGAUUUUCCUGACCGAAAACUGUGUGCGCGCGCCAGACUCGCUCGUUCGUUGUGCAUCAAACAAAUCUACAAUCUCGAACGUGCAUACCCACACACACUCACAGGCAAAUACAUACACACGCGUGUUCGUUCCAUAUACUGUCACUGCGUAUAAUACAGUGUCCGUCGUGUUGUCAGUGCAUCACAGUGUGCGUUCCCGCUAACAAACCUACCUCACCUGCAAUCUCUCUGGCUGGUCUUCGCUGCAUUUCGCGCUGCACCGAAUCGGGUGUACUGCUCGGUGUACUGUUCGCUUCGAUGUACUGUGCAGAGUGAAUCGUUAAUGUGCGUGUGUGUGUGCGUGCGCGCGGUGCCUGUGCGCUUUAUCGGUGUAUCGGCGCAGCCCCGAGUGCAGCAGCCCACCCAGUGGCUGCUUUCGCAGAAACCGAUGUUCCUGCCGCACGACGAGCCUGUCUUGCAGUCGUAAUCUUGGUCGUCAUGGCAGGUUAUAUCGGAGCUGCAGUAACUGCUUGAGGGUACUGCAGGAUCCGCAUGCGGAAGGCCCGGGAGUGAUCAUGGGUCCGAGCGAUUGUCAACCGGACUUGUGAUCUGGCGCGAGCAACGGCGGAGGAGUGACAGAAGUAGAGGCAGGGACGAUUUGAAAGAAUCGAAAAUAAAAACAUCGAAAAAAUGGAGCAAGGAUCAAAUUCAUCGAGUUCAAAAGUGACGAAAAUGAAAAUGAGUUUUUCGUUGUCUUCGCUGCAACCCUCUAGCAAACAUCUAGAGAGAGCAGAGCAUGCGAAAAGCAAAAUGGAAAAACCUUUCAACAGCCUCAACAAAAAAAGAAAAGAACCUGUGCAAGAAGAAUGCGCAAAAUACUGGUCAGGGACAGAAGAUAGCAAAGACGACUUUUGGGCUGCCAUACAAACAAAUUACGAUUACAUCAUGGACACAAACCUUAUUGAUACUUGCAAGGAAACAAACGGAGAAUUAACUUGGGAUGAAGGUGACGUUUCAACGAUGUCCUGGGGGUUGAAAGAAGUUAGCUGCCAAUUCUCAGAACUGUACUCAUGGUUACGAGUUCUUCAAGAGCUGGUUUAUUCGAAAGAAGAAAAUAUUCUGGACAAAAGUCUACGUGCGGCUCACACAGAGGAGCUACGACGUAAGGCAUAUCGAAGAAGAUUAUUUAAUGAACAAGCAGAAAAAUUGAUUGCUCGAGCUCCUUCUUUAAAAGAAGAAGUUUAUUGGCGAGUGGAUCAUUUGAAUGCCAAAUGGAAUCUUGUUGAACAAAUUAUGGCUCCAGUGCAAAGAUCUGAUGAACUAGAUCAACAAGAUGUUACAGCAGAUUUUGAACACGAGGUGAAGUGCUUAAGAAAAUGGUUACGUGAAAUGGAAGAUCGUUUACAACCUUUGAAUUUUCAUGUCAAUUGGAGUAGAACUGAUGUCGAGGAAAAGGCGAUCGAACACAUGGUACUACAAAGGGACAUCGAGGCUCAUGGGCGCAUAGUGAGCUCGGUCGUUAAACUCGGCGAGCGAGUCGCAGCAGCGGAGGCCAAAGCAAUUCAAGAAAAACGAAAUCGAUGCGACGAGGAGCGGCAGCAACAGCAGCAGCAGCAGCAGCGCGACAGGCAGCAACAACCUCUACGGGUUGCCAGCUCCCUCGAACGUCGCUGGCAUCUUCUCUUUUUGCGCGCUUUGGAGUGGCAAUGUCACAUUGAGGCUCUGGCACAGCGGGUUCGCUCUAAGUAUUCAUCGAGCCGCUCUAGCAGUGAUAGCGACGACGAAGAGCCGGUACCGAAGCAGCCACGCUUGAGCCGCCGCGUCAGUGGUCACGUUGGUCCAUCCAGCGGCAGCUCAUCGGAAACUAACAGCAGAAACGAACUGGUCCGCAGACGUUCGAGACGACAGUUGAAGGCGCGUUCGAGUCCGCGACCCGUGCUCGAAACUGCUGCAUCGACUGAAGCAGCUUCAUCAGAUAGUGAGGCAUCCUCUAAAAAUCGGUUCAUCGACGAUGGCGGCUACUAUUUCGAAGAUAACAUCGACGAGUUGUGCCUUGUGAAUGAAAAUCAAGAAUUAGGAAAAAGUUGCAAUAACCCAAAUACCACUAAAGAUAUUGCUGACGACGUCAAUAAUAGUAUUAAAAAAAAUUCACUAGGCUUAUUCGGCGACCAAGGGGCCGAGGCUGACAUCGAAGAAGCUGGGUUCAGCGAGGAGGAAGUCGACCGACAAAAACAACAGCCUAUUCAAAGCAACAUGACACCUUCACUCGAUCCUGUGCCAGUAGCCAAUAAUGACCCAGCCGACGAAGUCGACUCAGUAAUAAAACCCGAAUCUAAUGAUAUGAUUACUUCGAAUGACAGUCCCAAACGACGUCGCACUGAGCCGGAUACUCAAGACGGUCUAUUCAACACAUCGAACCGGAAGUCUAAAAACUGCGCCACCUUCUACUUCAAGCACAUGGAUACGGACUCGGAGGCCGACAGUAAUGCGGUUUCCGAAGACGAUAAUCAGCAAGUCCUACAACCAAGCGCCGAUGAUUCGUCGGAGGAAGAAUGGACUUACACAUCUGGUAAGGUAGGCGAUGUACAUCAGCAUAGGGAGGACAACACCAAGAGUAACGGCAAUGAUGGCGAUAAUGCAGAUGAGAUUAACGGAAAGCUCGAGUCAAGCGAUGAUUUCAAUCUCGUAAAAAGACCGACCGACAACGAAGCGAAUAAAAAUAGUGAUGACGAGUGCGGCAACGACAAGGACAGUAUUCAAAGACUCAUCAGAGAGGUCGAGAAAUUGGUGCGUGAAGAAGGGAAGGAGAUGUCUAGUCGAGUUCCCUCGCUUAUCUUUAAUGAGAAUAAAUGUGGCCUACUGAAUCAACAAAAUCACAAACAGAAGUAUGAAAGAAUCAAGGAAUGGCUAGCCCUGAACUCGGUUCGUUGUCGCGAAGACACGUGCACUUCACAGUACUGCCAAUUGACGGUUUCUGAGUCCCUUGAUAGCUGCGAUGCCAGCGGUGAAUAUACAACCGGUGAAUCCGACAUCGAUAGGCAAUCGGUUACUUCGGAAGAAGAUGUGCAAAGCAGCGUUUCCACUUCUCGCCGAGUGCAUUGCGGCGUAUCUCAAUCCAAUUCCGAAGAACUUCUAGACAAUGCAACAGACGAAUUGGCAGCAGCUGCCUCGCCUUGCAAACCAGUCGAAACGAGCACGCCAAAAGUAGUAAUGCGCCAAAAGACGGGCAACCGCGCCAAUGAGCCCCGACCGUGGAGCGUCUCGUGUAUUCAACAGAUCAAAAUGGCAACGAGCUUCGAGACACAAGACUUGUCGCAGCACUCAAUCUCAGAAACAGCGCUACACAAGCUUCUGCCUGGCGGCAUGACGUCCAAAAAUGCCUCUUUGACAGCCUCAGGAUCGCGUGCUCCGCUCAAUAACUCAACGUCAACGUUGUUGGAAGAAACGAUUCUCGGUCCCGAUGCUCACCAUACAAAAAAUAAUACCCUGCGUCGCAGGAAAAAUAGGCAUCGCAAAAAAAAUGCGAACCGUAAAAGUGAGUCAGGAUCAGAUGUUUUGACCACUCAUAAUACCCGGUCAGAAAACAGUGAUGACGUGAGUUCUGGAAACAAUAAUCCAUCGAUAAUCAGGAGCUUAAGAAAAUCCAUGGGAGGUCGACAGAAUCGUUCCUCGCGAGCUUUGGUCUCGAAGUCGGACUCAUUUUCUGGAUACAAUGUCGAAAACGAGCCUCAAGCCGAAACUAUUCAAACGAAGAGUAACCCAACAAUGAAGUUCGGUUUUCUACAUACAGCAGCUUCAGUUUCGAGCGAGUCUGAUAUCGACGAGGGAGAUAAGACCGCUACAGCUUGUGUGCGAAUGGCAAGGAAUGAACGGCUCCAUGCCACUUGCGAGGAUACCGUACUUACGAUCAAGAAAAAGAGAGCUACACAAUACGGAGUGGAGGCUGACAGUGAUUUAGAAAAGAACAGCUUGGGCGCUAAUUCUUUGGGUGAGCAAGCUUGGGACAAUUAUCAGGAAAAAUAUAUGAGCGAGGCGUAUAGCGAAGCCACUGAUGUUGAGACUGCGCGACGUCUUCUCGAUUUUGGAGAUGAUUACAGAAAUUUUUUGGACAGUCAAUCUGAUUGUGCUUCUAGUCUAGGUGUUCAUAAUGAGGACAGCGAUAGCGACAUGGAAUUCAAACGUUUAACUCAAAAUUCUCAAACUCAAUUAUUGAUUUCAGAAGCCCGUUAUGGAACUCUAGCUGACAGCGGUUUUACUGAACUAACGAGAGUUUGCCGGGAAAACAUCAGGUGUUUGAAGGCUAUUUCCGAGACAAGCAAUAUUUCCCGUCAUAAUGCCAAGCACAGCAAGCAAAUACGUGGCUUGAUGGAAAGAUGGGACUCCCUCUCCCUUAGAGCAGAGGAAACUCAAAAGAUCAACGCAAUUCACCGUGAAAUGGCAGCAAUGAAGCUCGAGUUUUGCGCAGCCUACGAAAGAUUUACGUCGUACAAAGUAGUUUUAAAAGAGCCACAGCUCAUUGAAGAUCAAAUCAAUAAAAUUAACGGUGAGCUAGCUAAUUUGAGAGAUAGCAAAGCGGCUAUGCUGGCGCUCAACGUUUCGACACAUCGGUUAAUCACGGAUCUCGGCCAGAAGACUUCGCCCACACUCACUGCUUUGAAGGACGGUGUGGCAGAUCUUUAUAGACUCUGGGAUGAAGCUUUUCAAAAAGGAAACCAGCAGCUCUGUAAACUACAAGUAGUUCAUCAGUUUGAGGCUAGACUUGCAGAACUUCAAUGUGCCUUACGAAGAGAUAAAGACACAUUGGCAGUUUUAGACGCAGCCCUUCAAGCUGGAGCAACGAUGGAAGUGGCAACUUCAGUAAGAGAUGUUGCUCGAUUGCUGUCAGAAAAGCAUGAGGCCAGAGAUGAAAAUGGUGUUACUCUAGACUCGCCGUUAACUCCGACAUUAGAAAACAUUGAAAGCGGAACAUUGAAUGUAAAACAGAUUUCGUUCAGCGAUGCUUCGCAUACAACCUGUUCUCCAUUUGAGGGUGGCUCUUUGUCAGACAGUGGUAUCAGCGACAGUGGCAGUGAGCAAGAACUCAGUGAACGCGAGCGUCGCCUCGCAGCUCUGCGAAGGCUCACUCGCAGUCUCGAGUCACAGCUUCAACCGGAAUCUUGCGAUGAUGUCCUGGGAGAGUUGUGGCGCCGGGUUGAGGAAGCCGAGGCCGAGCUUCGCAAUUUACAAAAGCAGUGCCGUGAACUCAUCGUGCGAACCGCAGCCAGUGUGGAAUCCAAAAAGAGCUCUAAAGUUGUAGAUACUGAACGAUUACUCGUUCCGAGCAAACGUGACAAGUCAAUGUGGAUCGAUACAAUUUGCACUAAUGACAAAGCAUGCGUUGCAAAUUUUCCUUUGACUGAAUUUCUUGGAAUGGACGACCCCGACAAUGACCCAGACGAGCCACGUAGCUGGGUUUGGCGAGUACUUCGGGCAGCUCUUCCUUUUCAAUUAGCACUGGUCGUUCUCUUUUGUGCAGCGUGUCUUUUGGAACCUCACUGCUGCGAAGCCGGUAACACACUCAACCUUUCGUUGACACCGCAACUGCGUUAUUUGCAUGGACCGCCGCCUGUCUAAGUAAGUUGACACCACCGAAAGACUGGUAAAUUCUCAAUUGGGAACAGUACCAAGACAUCCAGCUAAAAGAGCUAUUGGAAAGCAAGAAGACAAUGAUUGUAUUAUAUUUUUUCAACAAAAUUUCGCUUGUUUUGGCUUUUUUGUUAUGCUCUAAAAGUUUGAUUCGUAGAAAGAAUAUCUUCAGGUUAAUACGUGUCAAUUACGAAAUUGAUAUAGUGAAUCGUUGUUGACUUUUAUGUUUUAGAUAACGUGUAGAUAAUUGUUUAAUUCGUUGCAUAGACUGGAUUUGUAUUAAUGUUAUCAAACGAGCGCAUUUUUUAUGUGCAUCAUAUAUUUUUGUGUCAUAAAAAAUGUAUGAAUCAGGGUCAUUUAUUGAAGAACUUUAGGGCUAUAUAAAAUAUAAUUUCUGACUCAUGAGCCUAAGGACCCGUGCCAAUUCUAAUCAAAGACUUUCCACGAAUAGCGCUGACAGCGACGUGCCUUCAAAAAUUUUUAAGUGAAAAUUAGCACUGCUUGAAGUUUAAGCUUUUGCUGUAACUAAAAAGUUGAGUGUUAUUCACAUAUAGAAGUGAAAAAGAAAACAUUUU